AGAGAGUCCAGCUGAUCAGUGAACUUCAUGAUGAGGAUUUUCCUCCUCCUCUCAUUGGUCCUUGCUGCGGUCGACGCCCAGCUGAUCUCUCUGAACGCCAUGUACGGGAGCCUGCAGUCGCCAAACUUCCCGGAGCCGUACCCGAGAGAGACGGAGCUGCGCUGGAACAUCAGCGUGCCCGACGGCUUCCAGGUCCAACUCUACUUCAGCCACUUCGAGCUGGAGCCCUCCUACCUCUGUGAGUACGACUACGUCAAGGUGGAGGCGGAGGGCGAGGUGCUGGCCUUGUUCUGCGGCAGCGAGGACACGGACACGGAGGAGGUGCCCAGCCAGCAGGUCAUCUCCUCGCCCAGGAGCUCCCUCAGCCUCCUCUUCUCCUCCGACUUCUCCAACGAGGAGCGCUACGCCGGCUUCGUGGCUCACUACAGCGCCGUGGAUGUGGACGAGUGCAGAGAUAGGAGUGAUGAGGAUUUACUCUGCGAUCAUUUCUGUCAUAACUACAUCGGUGGAUACUACUGCUCCUGUCGCUAUGGUUACCUGCUGCACUCUGACAACCGCACCUGCCGAGUGGAGUGCAGUGACAGUGUGUUUCGCGAGCGCUCAGGUGUGCUGAGCAGUGCCGACUAUCCUGCUGCGUAUCCCAAGAGCUCCGACUGUGUUUAUCGCAUUGAGGUGGAGCCCGGCUUCAAGCUCCGCCUCGAGUUCGACCCCAGCUUCGACGUGGAGGAUCACCCCGACGUCAGCUGUCCCUACGACUACGUCAAGGUCCAGGCCGGCAGCCGCAGCUUCGGGCCGUUCUGUGGCGAUAAAUCUCCAGGUGUGAUCCAGACCGACAGCAACCUGGUCCAGGUGUUCUUCCACAGCGACAACUCAGGAGAAAACCUGGGCUGGAGGCUCACAUACACAUCUGUAGGAAGUCGGUGUCCGGUCCCAGAGAGCCCAGAGAACUCCCUGCUGAACCCCGUCCAAUCAGAGUACUCCUUUAAAGAGCACAUCCUGGUUACCUGCAAGCCCGGAUACAGACUGCUGAAGGAUGGAGAGUAUUUGGACCACUUCCAGAUCGACUGUCAGAGCGACGGCUCGUGGAGCAGCCGUCUCCCACAGUGUCAAAAGGUGGAUUGUGGGAGCCCCAAGGUGGUUGCCAUGGGCGACACGGUGUUCGGUAGUCAUGACAACAGCACACUGUUUGGCGCUACUGUCCAGUACGUCUGCAAGGACGACGCCUUCCAGCUGCACCCCAACAUCAACAGCUCCUACAGCUGUGGGCAGACGGGGGAGUGGACCAACUCAGAACUAGGAGCUGCAGUCCCCAGCUGCCUCCCAGCGUGCGGCCAGCCCUCUCAGCCUCUGCCCGGCCAGGUGAAGCGCAUCGUGGGCGGUCGCAGCGCCGAGCCCGGCCUGUUCCCCUGGCAGGUCCUGCUCAGCGUGGAGGAUCUGACCCGGGUCCCUGAGGACCGCUGGUUCGGCUCCGGGGCCCUGCUGUCCGGCUCCUGGGUUCUGACCGCGGCCCACGUCCUGCGGUCCCAGCGGAGGGACAGCAGCGUCGUCCCCGUGGCCCCCGAGCACAUCAAGGUGUUCCUGGGUCUGCACGACGCCAGAGACAAGCGGCGCGCCACCAACCGCUCCGUGGAAAAGGUUCUGCUCCACCCGGAGUUUCAGCCGCGCAACUACAACAACGACAUCGCCCUGGUGAAGCUGAGCGAGGGGGUGGAGCUUAACCAGGUCAUCCGCCCCGUCUGCCUCCCGCCGCCACAGAGCAAGGACAGCCUCCCCACCCCCCUGCCCAACUCCCUGGGCGUGGUCGCCGGGUGGGGCAUCUCCAACCCCAACACCUCCUCCUCCUCCUCCUCCGGCGACCCCUCCACCCUGACCUCUGACCCCGCGGCAGCCGCCGACCCGGGCAUGACCUCUGACCUCCUGCAGUACGUCAAGCUGCCGGUGGUGCCGCAGGACGAGUGCCAGGCCAGCUACGCCUCGCGCUCCCUCGACUACAACAUCACCGACAACAUGUUCUGCGCCGGAUUCUACGAGGGGGGGCGGGACACCUGCCUGGGGGACAGCGGGGGGGCGUUUGUGAUGGAGGACGGGGCCAGCCGGCGGUGGGCGGUGUUCGGCUUGGUGUCGUGGGGCGGGCCGGAGGAUUGCGGCAGCCAGAGGGUGUACGGCGUUUACACCAGGGUGGCCAACUAUGUGGAGUGGAUACAGAGUCAGCUGGAUACUGCCCCCUGGUGGUGA